UUCCUCUUUCUCUCUCUCUCUCUCUCUCUCUCUCUCUAAACCUUUGUCUUGGCCUUUUUCAACAUGAACGAUUUUGCAGAAGAUAACCACUCCUGCUAUUUCCAUCCUAAGGAAGUGGUUGUAGGUGUAUGUGCAAUUUGCUUGAAAGAGAGACUUCUCAUCUUGGCCUCCUCAAAACAAGGACGUGUUACCCUAAAAAGCACAAAGAAAAUUCGCAGUGUUCACAACAAGAAGCCUUCUAUCACCUUACCAAGGAUAUUUGAUUUGGGUUCCAUCCUCCAUCGCCUUGAAUUCCGGCACCGGAAAUCUGAUCUCUCCGACCGUGAUACCUCAACAAGCCCAGAAGAUUCUUUUAUAUCUAUCAGAUUUGAAGAUAAUGGUAUUGCCUCAUGGGACAAAGGUACAAAUAAUUCUAAGGUCCCUCCUCCUCUUGGAGCCCUCACGAACAUGGAUUACAGCACUCAAAACUUGAAGAAGGAACCAAGGGUGGUUAAAAGUGUUGUAGAACAUGCAAAACCUCAGGCCAUGAUGAGGUGGCGAAAGCGGAUUGGUCACUUGUGCCAACUUAUCCGAUGGAAAAGGUCCAGCAAGGCAAUUAAUGUGUGUCACGGUACUGGUAGUAAGGUGGAAGGAGUUAAAGUCAGUAAAGGUUGGAUAAAGGUUCUGACAAAGAGGAGGACCAUGGAAUAAAUAAAGAGACAUAUAGGAAGGGACACACACAUUACAUUGUUG